AUAUAUGCAUAAUGGAACCAACCAACAAUUUUUGGGAAAUUGAGAUAUCACCGCCAUCUUGAAGAGCUUGAAAGAAUUUAUACCCUGAUUUUUUUACUUUAACUGGCUUUGAAACUACAAAUGCAAAAAAAAAUCAUGAAAAAACAUCAAAUGCUGUAUGUCGGAUUCAAUAUUAUGAAUAAGGGAACCAAGUGGCUUGGUUCUUUGUUUCAAAAUUCAGAGACUGGUUUUGUAAUAUGCAUAACAGAACCAACCAACUUGAUUCUCUUUGUUGUGUAGUCUUCAUCUUGAUCAGCUGUUUUGCAUACAGGAACCAAGUUUGAAGUUAGAUAAACCUGCUUGCAAUACAAUAAUAAUAGAGUAACAUAAAUGAUUGUUUUAUGUCUGUAUUGUGUCUAAGUGUUACAAAAUGGAUAUAAAGAGAAGAACUUUGUUAAUUAUGGAAAUGGCAAAAGUUCAAACCCCUGAUUCUUCUGAACCAGAUCAUGAGCCUACGUUAUUGGAAACUGAUCAGGAGUCGACAAAUAUACAACAAGAGCAUAGCUAUGUCUGCAAUGAUAGUCCUAUAUCACAUAAACCUACACAGAAUGAAGGAGAAAACGGUGUAGAUCUCAAUGAAAUGUUGGAAAAUAACAUGCCUGAUUUGGAUACAAGCUACCUGGAUAUUUCAAAAAUGGAAAUUGUGUACGACUUUCCAAAUAUUUCAUUUGAUACCAGCAAAUCACAAGAACCUAGUCUAACAGAUUCAAUAUUAGAUGAUGGUGAUAGUGUUCAAUUAUCUGGUGCUAUUGAAAUUACAGAUAAUAUUGGAAGAAUGAUGAGUAUGCAAGAUGAUGACCCACUAAUUACUGGAAAUCAAAAUAAUUUAAUUAAUGUUGGUGAACUAAAUACUGAAGAACCGAACAUUGAGGAUCAAGUAGUCGAAGUAAUUGCUGAACCCCAGAUUGAUAACAACAGAGCAGAAGUAGUAGACGAAACGCCUAGCAUAACAGAUGAUAGCUCUUCUACUGGUUCUGAUUUUGAAGAAAUUGACAGUUCAGGAAGACCAAAGAAAGAUUUUAACCUAAAACGGAAACCACCAGAAAGACACCUGCAGUACCUGUGA